UUCAAAACAACAAAUCAAAAUAAAAAAAAAGGUGUCUUUUGCUCUCUCUACUCUUCCUAGGUUAAAAGAUUUCCAAAUUCCCUCUCUCAAUUCCUCAACAAUGGCGAUGAUCGAUCCAAAAAUGAAGCGCUACUCAGUUCCCCUAGUUCUAUUUGCCGUCGGUCUCUUCUUCCAGCUCGUCGUCCUCCCCAAUUCGUAUCCUCCCUCUCACUACGACGUUCUUGGAAUAAAGCCAUACUCUUCGAUCGAAGAUGUUACUGAGGCGUAUGAGAAGCUGUCAUCUAGAUGGGUUUCAGGUUCGGAGACUCCAAGUGCUAUUGCAUUUAUUAAGGUUCGCUAUGCAUUUGAGCUGCUCACAAAUCCGUUGUGGAAGAGAGAUUAUGACAUUUUUGGUAUUGAUGAGCAGCUGUGGGUUGUCGAAAAGGUGAAAGAGGCAAAUGAUGGGUUAAAAUUUUCUGAUAUCCAACUACCAUUACUCCAAGCAUCUUCAUCUGAUAAGACUAUCCAGCCCGUCAACAUGGUCACAUCUGAAAAUUUCAUUUCUAAACUUGGUAAAUCGAGAACAAUGUUAAUACAGGUUUAUUCAGAUGGCAGUCCUCGCUGUAUCAAAUUUAUCAGUACAUGGAAAAUGAUUGCUAAUUUAUUGGAUGAGGUUGUGGACACUGGCAUGGUGGAAUUAGGUGAUGUUCAACUAGCGUCUUUCUUUGCAGAGAGGAAGCGUACUCAACAGCCAUUUUUUCGAAAUGGUGUCCCUGCUCUUGUUGCAUUUCCUCCUAACUGCGUAAGCUCAAAUUGUUUUGUGAGGUAUCAAGGAGAUCACACCGUGGAUGCAGUUAUUGAUUGGAUGGCUACAGAUAUACUUGGUUUACCUCGCAUCCUAUAUUACACGAAGGAAACUUUGGUGUCCAAAUUCUUUGCUGAGAGCGGUUAUCAUAAGGUGAAAGUCAUCUGUUUCUCAAAAAAUGGAGAGCGUGCUGUCCCUUUCAUGCGGCAAGCUGCCAGAGAUUAUUGGGCCUAUGCAUCCUUUAGUAUGGUCCUGUGGAGAGAAGAAGAUUCUUCGUUUUGGUGGAACAUGUUUAAUGUGGAAUCGGCUCCUUCCAUUGUUAUUCUAAAGGAUCCAGGGGUCCAACCUUUUGUUCACCAUGGAAAUCUAAACCGUUCACAGUUUUUAAAGAUCAUGGAGAAUAAUAAACAUCAAGAACUUCCUCAGCUAAGGAGUGUGACAUCAAUGGAAUUAGGCUGUGAUGCAAACGGUUAUUCCCGUGCUGGAAAUAAUACAGUGAGCUGGUACUGCGUAGUUCUUGCUGGGCGCCUUAGUGUAGAACUGAAUAAAAUGCGUGAAACAAUGCGGAAGGCCAAACAGAUAUUGGCAGGUAAUGUUGAUUCAGAUAUCCCUGAAGCAACUGUUUCAGCAUCAGCUGCUGGUGUUGCUCUAAAGGAGAACCGCCUCACCUUUACAUGGCUGGAUGGUGAGACUCAAAAGAAAUAUUGUUUAUUCUACCUCUAUUCAGAGAAUAUCCAAGAAACUUGCGGGCCUAGAGGAUAUGUAUUAACCGAAGUUCCACGGCUGUUUAUCGUGCGUUACAAAAGGAACUCUACGGAGAGAGAAGCAAUGGCUAAGAGAAAGAAAAACAAUGUCUGGAGCAUAUACCAGGAGGAGGAUACUAAUGUGGCCUCCCAGCUAGUGGCAAGGUACAAUGGUUCUCAGGACGUUCAAGAGAUCAUUCAGUGGGUCUCGCAUAUAAUUGAGGAUGGUGAUACCCGUGAGCUUCCCUAUUUUGUUGAUAAUACUCCAGAGCUCAUCCCAGAGGAUGCAAAUCCGAUGUGGACAAAACGUGCCCGCAAUGUUUUUUCUGCAGGAAAAGGACUGAAGCAUAGGGUUCAGGGUUUCAUUUCUGCUCUUAGUGAAUACAUGAAAGAUCCCCGUCUCGGUCCAGUCUUCCUGUUGGGUGCAUGUCUAUCAUUCGGAACCAUCUGGGUGCAAAAUAGUCAGCCGACUCAACCCACUCAAACGAAUGAUGGUACAGAGAAGAAAAGAAGUCGCAAGGCUGAAAGAUCAAACCAUAGAAGGCCCUCAAACGUUGAGAAACCUUCUUCCAUCACCGAUGAAGUACCAAAAGAUGCAUAUCAGAUGUUACCAUCGGACUCCGAUUCAGAAUAGCUGUUGGGUUUCAUAAAAUCAAUAGUCCAAAUCAAGCAGGCAGACUGGCAAAUACCUAUGUGGGUUCAAAUCAUGUCCCUUCGAGGGGCAGAGUUUUACUGAUUUUGAGUGGUGAUAUGAGAGUCAUGGCUCUGCUUCAAACUGUAAAGAUGAACCACAUAUUUGCAAGCCUUUUUUUGUCCUUACAGCUCAAAAAUUGUCUCUAAUUAUUAGUGUGCGCUCGAGGAUAAUGCCUUCAAAGAGCUUGAUAAGAGAACCAUCUCAAUCUUUACUCCGUCAUAUAAUUAAAUUUUGUUUUUUAGUUGUAGUGUACGAGAUAUAUCUUUGUAUCAUACAUGCAAAUAUCCUGCUACUUUGAAGAUGCUCA